AUGAGCGUUGGCGUUUGCGAGAAGAAAAAACAACUGAUAGCAUUAAAACGAACUGAAAAAAGAAAUCCACAAACAGAUUACGACGAAGUAAACGCUGCGAAUCUCAGUUUUGGCCCUCGAAUUUGCUCAAAUGACUUCUUCUUCGGUUGCGUCCAUUUGGCCUUAACAAACGCUCUUCAAUCUAGGAUCGCCGUUGUUAGAGAAAGUGAUCUAGCGAAGAUGAUGGUCGAGGAUCUCGGUGUGGAAGCCAAGGAGGCGGCUGUACGGGAGGUGGCGAAGCUAUUACCCCUACCCGAGCUUUUGCAAUCAAUUUCUUCGAUCAAGGCCGAUUACAUCGCUCGUCAACAGGCGAAUGAUGCGCAGCUAAGUACAAUGGUUGCUGAGCAGGUUGAACAAGCUGAAGCGGGGUUGGAGUCGCUUUCCUCAUCGGAGAAAACCAUUUAUGAACUGAGAGAUAAUUUCAUUUCUAUCGACAAGCUUUGUCAGGAAUGCCAAACUUUGAUUGACAAUCACGACCAAAUAAAGCUGCUGAGUAAUGCCAGGAAUAAUCUAAACAAAACUCUAAAGGUAGAUACGCCAACUAGCACUGAUCCUACCGCUCAAACAGUUUCUGGUUCAGAUGUAGAAGGCAUGAUGUCAAUUUCUGUUGAAGCUGCUGCUGCUCGGGAGUCUCUGAGUGAUGAUAAAGAAAUUGUUAACACUUACGAGAGAUUAACAGCACUUGAUGGUAAACGGAGAUUUGCCUUAGCAGCUGCCGGAGAGGAGGUUGGGAGGCUAAGGGAAUAUUUUGAAGACGUUGAUAGAACAUGGGAAACAUUCGAGAAGACACUAUGGGGUCAUGUUUCCAACUUUUACAAACUUUCUAAAGAAAGUCCACAAACGCUUGUUCGUGCUUUGAGGGUUGUUGAGAUGCAAGAAAUUCUUGACCAACAACUUGCUGAAGAAGCAGCAGAGGCUGAGGGAGAAGGUGCGAUGGCAUCUGUAGCAAAUCCUCGAAGGCCUGGCAAUCUCCUGAAAAGCAGUGGUAUUAUUAUUGAAGUCCCGAUAAUCACUUGUGACAUGUCUUGUGUUUGUGGUGCUGAAUCCAGGAAAUCUACUACAACGUCAGCUUCGUCAAAGGGUCUUGCACAGCAGAAGUUAAAAAUCCAAGGGAAAGGCUACAAGGAUAAAUGCUACGAGCAGAUUCGAAAGUCAGUCGAAGAUCGGUUCAACAGGCUUUUGACGCUUGUAUUUGAAGAUCUAAAAGCAGCUUUGGAGGAAGCUAGAAUGAUUGGAGAGGAACUUGGUGAUAUUUAUGACUAUGUGGCUCCUUGUUUUCCUCCAAGAUACGAGAUAUUUCAGCUUAUGGUGAACCUAUAUACCGAGAGGUUCAUACAAAUGCUCAGAUUGCUCAGUGACAGGGCAAACGAUCUGACAAAUAUAGAGAUAUUAAAGGUUACUGGUUGGGUGGUAGAGUACCAAGAAAACUUGAUUGCACUUGGUGUUGAUGAUUCACUAGCUCAAGUGUGCUCAGAGAGUGGUUCAAUGGAUCCCUUAAUGAAUGCAUAUGUCGAACGAAUGCAAGCUACAACAAAGAAAUGGUACAUGAAUAUCCUUGAGGCGGAUAAGGUGCAACCACCUAAGAAAACAGAGGAAGGGAAAUUAUAUACUCCGGCUGCUGUAGAUUUAUUCAGAAUACUCGGAGAGCAAGUGCAAAUUGUUAUGAUCGAUUUCCAAGCAGCUGAAAAGAAGAGAGUUGAAGAACCAGCUUCUGAUAUUGGUCUGGAACCUCUCUGCGCUAUGAUAAACAACAACCUUCGCUGUUAUGACCUUGCCAUGGAGUUGAGUAAUAGCACUUUAGAAGCUCUUCCACAGAACUAUGCGGAGCAGGUGAAUUUUGAAGACACUUGCAAAGGUUUCUUGGAGGUGGCUAAGGAAGCAGUGCAUCAAACAGUUCGCGUUAUCUUUGAGGAUCCAGGAGUUCAGGAAUUACUUGUCAAGCUUUACCAGAAAGAAUGGUGCGAGGGGCAGGUUACCGAGUACCUCGUUGCAACUUUUGGUGAUUAUUUCACAGAUGUGAAAAUGUAUGUUGAAGAAAGAUCAUUCAGAAGAUUUGUUGAAGCUUGUCUGGAAGAAACAGUCGUUGUUUAUGUUGAUCAUCUCCUAACACAGAAAAACUACAUCAAGGAAGAAACUAUUGAAAGGAUGAGGCUAGACGAGGAGGUUCUUAUGGAUUUCUUUAGGGAGUAUAUAAGUGCAUCUAAAGUGGAGAGCAGAAUCAGAAUAAUGAGUGAUCUGAGAGAACUCGCAUCCGCAGAGAGUCUUGAUGCAUUCACACUCGUGUACUCGAACAUCCUUGAGCACCAGCCCGACUGCCCGGCCGAGGUCGUGGAGAAGCUUGUUGGACUGCGUGAAGGCAUACCACGAAAGGACACAAAAGAGGUGGUACAAGAAUGCAAAGAAAUAUAUGAGAACACUCUUGUAGAUGGUAACCCUCCAAAGACAGGCUUUGUAUUCCCGAGAGUCAAGUGCUUAGCUGCUUCCAAAGGAUCUCUCUGGCGAAAACUCACUUAGAUCAUCAACCUUCAGCGUUUGCGUUUUCCAUUAUAUGGCGUUUGCGUCCGUGUCUUCUUUUUUUGCUUGAUAUAUUUCCUCUUUGUAAAUUCUUUAUGUUCUUUGAUUCUCAUCUCUAUUAAUUUGGUUUGUUCUUUCUUACCUCUUCCUGCCCUGGAAACGUUUGUCACUUACGCUAGAUUAUUAUUUCUGUAGUGGCCUUCUCGUGAAUUUGAAUUUUUUUUCAUUGGUUUUAGAUUUCAUUGCAUUCUUCUGACAUCUUCAACUUUAUUUUGUUUAAAAUUGAUGGUAUAUUGUUUCUUUUUAGUAAGUAACAAAUACAGUAAGGCUUGAUUGAUUA